AACACUUUUUUUUAAAUAUAUUUUGUGAUUGUUUUAUAUUUGUCUUAAAUCAAUAUGAACUGCGAAGAGCUCAAAGAAUUACCGAAUUUGAAAUAUAUGCAAUUCAAGCCACCGCCGCCCAUACGCGGAGAUCCAUUCCUUAAUGAAAAAACGGAUACAAGUAAAAAUGGGGAUUGUUUGGAGGCGCUCAAAGAAUUGCCAUUGGAAUUUGUCGACGAAGUUGUGCCCGAGGAAAAUGUUACCGUUAAAUUUCGUGUUGAUGGCUCACGUAUUGUGGCACAAGUAUACACAAAUCGUUCAAGUAUUGCUGAUAUCAAAAAAGACAUUGGCAGUAAAUUUGAAGUUAAGCCAAAGUAUUUGGUACUCAAACAAAAUGAACGCGAAAUUCCGAAUCGUUGCCUACUAGCACAAACGGAUUCAAAUCAAUUUGGUAUAUAUGAAUUUGAUUUGGAAUUAUUGGACAUUGCGGAAAUGUAUCUCGAAGAUGGUGAAGAGCCACCAAAGCUUGAUUUGAAUAUUUACUAUAACAAAUAUCAUAUGCCUGAUUUUAUAACUGUAAACGUCGAAGAUGAGGAGGGUAAGACCAAGACCAUUGUGGUGGAAAUAUUGAAUAAAGCCAUUAUAAAGCCUUUUUUAUGUGGUUAUCGUGACAAGGCGACGGGUAUUGAGUACUUGGAUGCGUUCACUCAAACUGGUCCUUAUUUUGAUAAAAUGAAGUUUGAUCGCUUCAUCAGCAGAGAUACGCAGACUUAUGAAUUCAAAGGAAAAGAAAUUGACACUGCACAUGAGCAAUCCACUCAGUGUUUUCAAGAUGGCAACAAUGUGCUGUAUGUAUCCGCUGCCGCAGACUACACCAUAACCCCGGGAAAAUACCAAACUUAUGCACAAAAAAUGCGCCGCGAAAAUAAACUCGCAAAAAUCAUACUGAUUCAACGUAAUUUCCGCCGUUACUUAUUGUGGCGUUUCAUGCAGAAUGCGGCCGCAAAGUAUCGUCGCUUGGUGGCGAAUCGCAAGGCCGAGGAGGCUCGUCUCGAGGCGGAAGCUGAAAAGCGUAUCAAACGCAUUGAAUUGGCAAAACAGUUUCCACAAACAAAAGAUGACUUUGAAAUGUUGUACGGCGAGGUGCAGAAGUGGAAGAUAGCCGAGCUAAAGCGUAUUGCCAGAUUAUAUGAAGGGCCAGCUCGAAUUGCUGAGGUCAAUGUAUUGCUUGACAAGGAGAUACAACUGCGCAAUGGUAUUGAAAAGCAACGCGUCAUUGUCAGAAAGGCAAUGGAGGAUUUUCGCAAUGAAAAAAUGUUAACUAAGUUGGGUGAGCCAAUCACAUGGGUCGGUUAUAAAGAUAAUAUAAUUCACUUAGAUCUGUUACGCACCCAACGUGCACGAUUUCUUUCCGAAGUCUAUAAGGAUAUGCAAAGGAAAGUUAACAGAUCAGAUCGUCUGGAGCUUUUAGCAAAGGUGAAACGGAUUUUAUUGGAUGAACGGGAAUAUCCGGAUUUCGGAGAGCUCUUUGAUUUGAUACAGCGUGAAAUAAACUUGCUGCUCCAUACAAAAUAUUGUGACGUCGAAAUUUUACGUAAACGCCAGAAUAUUUUAUGGUUGGAACUUAUCAAAUUCUCUAAGGAUAAGUCAGCGGAUCUUGGUGAGAAACGUAUGUGCGAAGUGUGCAAAGUGGUCAAACCGUAUAAUCAGUUUGCAUUGAGGACGCGUCAAAAUAAUGUUGACACUUGCAAGCGUUGCUAUUACAUAAAGAUCGCUUCGACGGACAACAAGACAUAUGCGGCCAUAUUGCGCGCCAUUCAACGUGACGAGCGCAAGCGCCGCUGCAAUGCAUCAUUCGCGUUUGUGCUGCAAAUGGAUGACAUACGUUACAUAAUUGACCAAAUUUGGCAUAGUCAUUCAAUACUUAGCAAGAAUGCGGUAUUGAGCAAUUUGCGGUUGCCACGCUGGUUGAAAGGUGAAGAUUGGUCACCGUGGAAUUGCAUUUGCCUUACCGAGUCUGAGGCACGCGACCAUUAUAGACUUGACGAUCCGACAACAGUUUAUGACCCUAAAUUGGUGCUAGAGGUUGGAAAUAGGCAUAUGUUGGCACGCGCUGCAUUCCAUAAGAUGAGCGAAGUUGCAACCGAAUUCGUUGAGACGGGUCAAUGGUUUCACGUUGGGUUGAAUAAGCAGCGUACUGUCUUUCCACCGGAUGAAUAUCCGCGUUCUGGUUUCCCUAGUAAAUCGGCUAAUCCAGUUGUACUUAAGGAGAAGAAAAAAUGCAAUUGAAAUGGGUUGACACGAAGGGAUGGGAUGGAUAAUAUAUCUUCAGCCAAUUGAAACAUUAUAAGUAUAUAUUAGCACAAAUAUUGUUUUU